CCAAUGUUAUCUGUACAACCCAAAGGGAAGCAGAAGGGCUGCGCUGGCUGCAACCGGAAGAUCAAGGACCGGUACCUGCUGAAGGCUCUGGAUAAGUAUUGGCAUGAAGACUGUCUAAAGUGUGCCUGCUGUGACUGCCGUCUUGGAGAGGUUGGAUCAACUCUUUACACAAAAGCAAAUCUCAUUCUUUGCCGCAGAGAUUACCUGAGGCUCUUUGGUACCACCGGGAAUUGUGCUGCCUGCAGUAAACUGAUCCCUGCCUUUGAGAUGGUGAUGAGGGCCAGAGAUAAUGUUUACCAUUUGGACUGCUUUGCCUGUCAGCUCUGCAACCAGCGAUUCUGCGUGGGAGACAAAUUUUUCCUGAAGAACAACAUGAUCUUGUGUCAGAUGGACUAUGAGGAAGGGCAGCUGAAUGGGAGCUUCGAGUCCCAGGUUCAAUAA